UGAUCCGGUACAGCGGAAGACCAACUGCUCUAUAUGGUGUGGGGAAAUCAGUGUCCCUUUCCCAUUUGGCCUAGAGGACGGUUGUUCUGCAAGGAUGUCAUUUCAGCUCAAUUGUACAAAUUCAUCUUUGUCUACCCUCCAGUUUCUUAACAUGAACGGCGAUACAGGAGAGAUCACUUAUGUAAAGUCUAUAAAUAUCAUGAAGGGGCUAGUGAAUGUUAAAUACAGUUUAUCUGCAGAAGAGUACCUUUCGGUGAGGGUAGAUCAAGAUCCAGGCCACUAUUUUGCCUUCGCAGGUGUAGUACCACAACAGUGGGCCGUAGCCAAUUUAACAUGCCUAGAGGCACAGGCGAAUAAUACCGGAUAUGCAUGUGUCAACAUGAAUAGCGAAUGCUUGGAUGUCAACUCCGAACUAGCAUAUUAUGGUUACCGUUGCACAUGUAUGGCCGGUUUUGACGGGAAUCCAUAUGUCUCCAAUGGGUGCAAAGAUGUUGACGAGUGCAACACACCAGGCACAUGUAAUGGGACUUGUCAUAAUACUGAAGGAGGUCACUAUUGCACCGAAUGUCCUAGAAAUACAGUGUAUGACACUGCAUUAAAGAUGUGCGCAUCGACCAAAAAACAAAAUCUGGUACUAGGUAUCACCAUUGGGAUUAGCGUUGGUUUUGGAAUUAUACUUCUCAUGUCAAUUGCAAUAUUACUCAUCCGUAGAUGGAAAAAAGACAUCAAGAAGAAACUGCGAAGAAAGCAUUUUCGGCAGAACCAAGGUCUACUCCUCGAGCAAUUGAUAUCAUCAGAUGAAAAUGCAAGUGAGAACACUAAGAUUUUCUCACUAUCAGAGUUAGAAAAGGCAACAAAUAAUUUUGAUCCCACGCGUAUCGUUGGUCGUGGAGGGCAUGGCAUGGUUUAUAAAGGCAUCUUAUCCGAUCAACGGGUAGUGGCCAUAAAGAAGUCUAAAGUCAUUGAGCAAAUUGAGAUAAGCCAGUUUAUCAAUGAGGUUGCAGUCCUUUCCCAAGUAAAUCACCGGAAUAUUGUGAAGCUCUUGGGUUGUUGUCUUGAGACCGAAGUCCCACUGCUAGUGUAUGACUUCAUCCCUAAUGGUUCGUUAUUUGGAAUCCUUCAUGCCAGUACCACUAGCAGCUCUAUCUUCUCCUGGGAUGAUUGUUUGAAAAUUGCUGCGGAAGCUGCUGGAGCACUGUAUUACCUCCACUCAGCUGCUUCGGUAUCGAUAUUUCAUCGUGAUGUGAAGUCCACUAACAUACUAUUAGAUGGAAAUUACACUGCAAAAGUAUCAGAUUUUGGUGCUUCAAGGUUAGUUCCUAUUGACCAAACUCACGUUGUUACAAAUAUACAAGGCACAUUUGGAUACUUGGAUCCAGAAUAUUACCACACGGGUAUGUUGAAUGAGAAGAGUGAUGUCUACAGUUUUGGUGUAGUACUUGUAGAGUUGCUGCUCAGAAAGAAGCCUAUUUUUACAAGUGACUCUGGGCUAACGCAAAACUUGUCCAACUACUUUCUUUGGGAGAUGAGGGAGAAACCACUUGCAGAAAUAGUAGCUACUCAAGUUCUCGAGGAAGCAACAAAUGAAGAGAUAAAUGAUGUCGCCAAUCUUGCGGAGACUUGCUUGCAACUACGAGGUGAAGAGAGACCUACAAUGAAACAAGUGGAGAUGAAAUUGCAGCAUGUGCGAUCUAAAAGGUUGCGAUCAUCUCAGGUUGUUUUAAAAAAUGAACACAUGCAACUAUUGUUAAGUGGACAAAGCCAAGACACUCUUCCGAUGUUGACUACUCCGAGUGGUAGAGUAGACCGAAGUAAUAUAGAUUCUCAAAGGAACCAAAAUUGCUACAGCUUGGAGCAAGAGUUCAUGGCAUCGGCGACUCUCCCUCGCUAGUUUAUCGUGUUCUCAGCAUUAAUGUUUGGUUGUCUGCUUCUCCUAUUGAAAUGCUAUAUUAUUUUCGUGCUUUGAUAGGGAGGGUAAAGUAUACUCUGUAAUUGCCUUAAUAAUGUGUGGUUAAUACUAUUCA